AUGUUGACUACAUGCACGACUGGCAACACGCCUGACGUCGUGAACACACGCUCUGCCCACGACGGAUCAAGCCCAGCCAUUGCCAUGCCGCCACAAGACCGCUCGAGAGAGGACCCGCCAUCACCUCCCCCUCAGCCCCCACCAAGCCCUGCUCACUGGAGUCGCAUCGUCUCUAUUGAGUCGCUGGCGCCCCUUGACAUCUAG